CUAGGUGACAGAGCAGCAGCGUCGACGCUCGAUUGAGCAGGCCUGGGAGAGGCUCCCAGAGGGCCGCGCGCUCCUGACGCCGGGUGCUGUCAUGGCGGGUGCAUUGAAGAAGACCACCGGCCUGGUGGGAUUGGCAGUGUGCAACACUCCACACGAGAGGCUAACAAUAUUGUAUACAAAGAUUCUUGAUAUUCUGAAGCAGUUCCCUAAACAUGCAGCCUAUAGAAAAUACACAGAACAGAUCACCAGUGAGAAGCUGGAUAUGGUCAAGGCGGAACCAGAUGUUAAAAAAUUAGAAAACUUGCUGCAGGGUGGUGAAGUAGAAGAGGUGAUUCUCCAGGCUGAAAAUGAGCUAAGUCUGGCAAGGAAGAUGUUGCAGUGGAAGCCAUGGGAGCCACUGGUAGAAGAGCCUCCUGCCAACCAGUGGAAGUGGCCAAUGUGAUUACAGUGUCUGAUGGUUGGAUGCCAAUUAAAUGUGCAAUUAAAUGU